AUGUCUCCCACCAGCCGCCUCUGGGAAGGCCAUGCCGUUCCCAGCACAGACAGACCUGCUGGAGGUGGCCUGUCCCUAGGGAGGCCGCACCCAGAGGCAGUGGCGCCCCCUGCCGCAGCCCCAGGCCGUUCGCUGCUGCACAGGCAGGAGCCACAGGGGCCCUGCAGCAGGAAACGUACGAAGCCGAUGCCACCGCUCCUGCCCCUACUGGGGAGUCCAGAUGAGCUGCCUCCACUGCCUAAGGUUCCCCAUAGAGCGGCCAAGAACGAAGUAAGCCACGUGAUUACAUGUUACAGAAGAGCUCUAAUGGGAUUGUUUUUUCAGGGUGACUGAUGUGAGGAUCUUGGUAAUGAAGACUUGGCUGAUACAGACGCCAAGGGUGAGCAAGCAGCUUUAUAUGAAGCAGGAGAAAGGAGAAAGGGGACAGAUGUGAACGUGUUCACUACUACCCUCCCCACCAGAAGCUAUCCCCAUCUUCACAGAGUGUUUCAGAAAUACACCACGUACAGUCAGAACAACAUGAACACAGUUCUAUACCUGGAGCUGAAAGGUGACAUUGAGAAAUGCCUCACAGCCAUCGUAAAAUGUGCCACAAGCAAACGAGCUUUCUUUGCUGAGAAGUAUGAUUGUAAAGUGGGCUUGUAA